GUUUCAUGCCCCGAAGGCGGGUAUAUAUGUAUAAGAAGAAGAAGAAGGAAAAAGAAGGUAGAUAUAUUAUAGCCAAUGCGCCAGCAGUUGUUGUUGAAGAAAGAAACCGAAGGGGGGAGAGAAGAAAGAGAGGAAGGGAAGAACGUGAUCUCCUCCAGGCCUCCAACAGACAGCGGGCAACACUCGCACGAACGCCGCGCUCGUAGGCGGUUCGUUCGUAACCUUCGUUCGCGCAUACACAAUUAUCAAAAAAACGACCUGCUGCUGCUGCUGUUCCUGCUGUUUAGUGAAUUUUGUUUUGUUUUCCUUCUCCUCGAAUCAUUUUUCGUGCGGAAGGAAAAAAUUCCGAGAGAGAGAGAGAGAGAGAGAGAAAAAGAAAAAGUUAUUGAUUGAAAUCGGUCAAAGUUGAUAUACUACCUGGAUUAUUCCACGUUUUUCCAACGGGGAAAAAAUAAACAGCUCACAACUGCGCGCGGGGCCAACACCUUUAAAUUGGGAUUCCAGACACUGAAAGAAUUGGAUACCAAACAAAAGAGACCUAUGCCCUCGUCGUUUUUCUCUGUGUGGAAUAUCAUAAGGACAGCAGAUUAGCAGUCACACACACAGCAGAGUCGCGCAGAUUGGACAAUAACAGCUGCACCCAUCGGGGGAUUUAAAAAGCCAUGGUAAAUACCUCUAGUGCCAUGUCGUCGGAGCGAGCUAUCCCAGACCUGUGGGAUGUGUUCGGAUCGCGGGGAGGAAACGGCCUGGCCGUCCGGCGCAAUUCCUGGCAGAAGAUGCAGAAGCAGCUGAGCGAGGACGAGCGGACCGUCACGGAACUGUUCAACGAUCUUCACGUUCACGCCGAUCUGCCACCCGAGAACAAUCCUACCAAACACAAAAACGCCAGCAACCAUCGCAACAAAACCAACGAGUACAAUGAGCGUAAUAACAUUAGCAACAACCAACAGCAGCAGCAGUCGAACAAUAACUGGGAGCACAUUGAAAAGCACCUGUCCAUGAAGAAGACGAUCCGCAAGAAGAUGAUGCGCGAUUUGCAGCAGGCAUUCAUCGACGGCCAGGAGCCGCCCGACGCGGCCCAAAAGUGGGACAACGUUCAACUGGACGCACACAAAGCCGGCAUCGAACCCAAUUUGCUCGACAUGUUGAAAGAGAAGAAAAGCGAACAGCCAGCGCCCGUAUUACAAUCGAAUAACCCGCCGCCCAAGAAGCCCGGAUUCUGGAAGAAGUUGACCAUGAGGAAAAGCAGCAGUAGCAAACGGUGAUUUCAUUCCUAUAUAAUUUAAAAA